CCUCAGCCGCACGCUAGCUCCCCAAGCUGACCUUUGUUCUGGCUUCCGGUGAAAAGGAAUCCCCCAAAUCCCAAGAACGCCUCCAAAAGAGCCUACAAUGAACUGUUCCCCCUUGCAUACAAACUGUUUCGCGGUUUGGUGGUUGAUAGAGAAUAGCCGUUGCGGAUGAGACGGUACCCGCCGCGUAAUGCAGGCUAUCCAAAUUUAGCACUGGUGGAGUGAAUGGGUGGUGCUGUGGCUAAGGCGGUGCGUGGCGCGUGGCCGAGCAGCCGUGAUGGCAAUGGUGCGUGCAGGGAUCCCGCUCAGGUUUCAGGCUGGGCUGAGAGCUGCUGAGUCGCUGACUGCAUUUGUAUACAGAAUACUCUGCUCCCUCCCUCGUCUUUGCAGGUGGAGAGCAUUAUCCUGUCUUGCGCACUCCUCUGCUCUAGCGCUUCAUCAUUGCGCAACCGCCGUUGCUGUGGUAAACACGCUCCGUCUCCACCAAGCACAUCUGAAACCGUCGGCCCUAGCCAGUUACCGCAUCUCACUCGAGAAUCACCAAGCGCAGUUUCGAUCUUCGCCAGGCACUCCUUUCAACCGCUUGUUCCACCCCAGGAAGUUGCCGGGUGAUAUCAUUUUCCCGCCGCUGUGCAGGGAGGUUGAAGGCGCAGCAACAAAGCACCCAGGCACGCUCUCUCCACCAUGUCUGGCUAUAAUCGGCUCGGUAAGUCUCCUUGCCUCUGUUCGGAGCUUAUAGCAUUACGACAACUGCAUAGCCCACCCCCGCGCGUACCUCCCUCGCUUGACCCCAGAUAUCAUUACCCCCAUUCCCAGCCGAGGCCUGACCACGGUUCGCGCUCGUCACCGCCGCAG